UAUAAUAAUAAUGCACGUGAUAUAAAAAAUAUUAGAAUACAGUGCAGCAGCACAAUCAUUUGCAGCUGAGCUACAGAUGCACAUUUACACUGAUGCUGUUAAACUGUCAGUAUUGAUUCAUGUGUUCAUAAAUAAACAAUAAAAUGAAUUAAAGGAGGUUCCAGUUGGUGAGAUGGCUCCAUAUUAAUAAUAAUAUUAAUAAUAUUAAUUCCGCUCUGUCUGUGUGAAUAUCUGCAGGAUGCUGCAGGCAGACAUGAUGUGGAGUCAGAACACAGAGGUUAUUGUUCCCCCUCCUCACAUCACAGUGGAGCAGCCCGCUGGAGCAACAGGAAAACAGCUUCCUCCUCCUCCUCCUCCUCCUCCUCCGAGGAUCACAGCAGCCCCCUGCCCGGCUUUAAAAGCAGGCUGCAACCUCAUCACAUAACACCCCUCCUCCUCCUCCUCCUCUUCCUCCUCCGCCCUCCACCCUUCCUCCUCCCCUCCGUCCUCCUCCUCGGCUCUUGCAGGAGAGCAGAGGAGCGUCACCGUCGGGCUCCAGGACGCGUCCAGGCGGAUCUCCUCCGGAUUAAUUCUGCGCUGUUUGGAGCUGGUUAAAACCAAACAGGAGGAAGGUUUCUCUCCAGCCAUGCAGAAGGUGGAGGGACGGGUAACCCCAGUCAACCUGCCUCCUUCCAGGGGUUCGAGCACCCCAGGGUCUCCCGCCACUGGCAUCACGGCACGAAUGAACGACCAGGUGGUGGGCUACAGAGACCUGGCAGCUCUGCCGAAAGAUAAAGCCAUCCUGCAGGUUGAGAGACCGGACCUGAUGACCUACAAACCACACCUGAGCUUCUCCCCACUCGACCCUCCACGCAGAGAACGGUCUCUGUCUCCUCCCGCCACGUCUCCCACCAUGUCCCCUGAGGUGAAGGCGCGCAGGGCAGAAAGUGAGAGUGGUUCUCCUGGAGGAUCGAUGAUGCAACUGCAGGCUGCACGCAAGAUCAGCACCAGCCAGCAGCAUUUCCACAGACCAGAUAAUGGAUCCAACAUCUACAGGAAACCUCCCAUCUACAAACAAGAUGUUAACAAACAUCUGGAAGGCGUCAUAAAGUCAGCAAAGUUUCCAGCAGCUCAGCCUCCAGACCCAAACCAGCCGUCCAAGAUUGAGACCGAGUACUGGCCCUGCCCCCCCUCACUGGCUGCCAUGGAGAUCGAGUGGAGGAAGAAGAAGGAGCUGCAGGAGGAAGACGAGUUUGAAGACCUGACGAACGAGGCUGAGACGCUGCGGGAGCAAGAGCUGGAAAAGAUCAAGUCCAACCUGGGUCGUCUGAUCCUGAAAGAGGAGAAGGAGAAGGCCGUUCACUUUCGGAGGAAGACACAGUCGCUGCCCGACAGAACGCACCUGCACACCAGUUUGUCAGCGAGUGCUUCAAAGUCUCCUUCACACUCAGGCCCAGGUCUGACCCGAAUGCAGUCUGCAGAGUUCUCCACAGAUAAAGGACAACAAGGUAAAGCGCAGAACGGAGACACUCGCAGGGAGAGGAUGGACAGAGGAAACUCUCUGCCGAGUAUCCUGGAGCAGAAGAUCUAUCCCUAUGAAGCUCUGAUUGUGACCCACAGAGGGCGCUGUAAGCUGCCACCAGGAGUCGACCGCACUCGACUGGAGAGGCAUCUGUCUCCGGAGCAGUUUGAGGAGAUUUUCGGGAUGCCGAUGGCCGAGUUCGACCGCCUCUCUCUGUGGAGACGAAAUGAACUGAAGAAGAAAGCCUCACUUUUCUAACAGGAAGUGACCUCAUUACUCUUCAAAUACUUGAUGAACCGCCUGCUUCGCGAGGAGGGGGAGGAGGGCCCAUCAAAUAUCAACAAACAUCUAACUAACCAAUCACGUCCCUGGAUGUGUGUGUGAGGAUCAGAGUGGACUGAAGGCUGGCCCUGAUUAACCCUUUAUUACUCUGACUAACCUUAACUGAUGCACUGACACUCAGACAUAUUACCUGUGCUGCACUUAUAAUCACCACUGCUUGCAAACCAUCAUCAUCAUCAUCAUGUGUCCACUCAUCAUCACCAUCAUCAUCAUCAUCAUCAUCAUACAGUUUGUUUCAGAGCUGCAGCAGUCUGCAUCAGGACGUUAGUAUCGAACUCUUCUGGUGUCAUGAAGCUGGGUCUCUUUUAACCGCGGUAGAUCACCGUGGUAACCAUGGUGACGCAGGGCUAAUUAACUCUGGAAUAAUGUCAGAAAUCAUUCCUACAGGAUCCUGACAGGGACAAAAGUCACAACUUUAAAACAAAGUGACGCUUUUUAACAUAUAUCAGAACAAUUACUGCCAUGACGGGUCGGAUCACGUCAGACUAAAAAUGAAUGAUUAUUAAUUAUAGUUUAUUAAUUAUGUUAAAGGAGAACUUAAUGAUUUUUCAAUCUGGACCCUGUUUUUUUCAUCUUUUGUGUCUGAGAAAUUAGAGUCCAGGUUGAAAACUACAGAAGUUACCAUUUAAGUUUCUUUAUUUGUUUAAUGUUUAACUUUGACAUUGAGCAGAUUUCAGACAUUAUUAAUGAAUAAAACUGAUUUCCCACCAGGUGUCUGCAGCUAAAACUGAAAUUUGACCCUGAAAGUUUCACCAUCUUAGUUUAGAGUGUUGCUAACAUGCUAGCAUGCUAACAUUAGCUAAUUAUCAGUGAACACAGCCGACGCUGAUCAAUGUCAUCAGUUCUGCAGGUAUUUGGUCAUAAACCAAAGUAUUGGACACGUUAACAUGUUGAAUUGAUGAUGGCGCUAAAUUAAUGACGAACCACAUUUCAUCAUCAUCUAUCCAAUA